UGUUUUUCAUCCGGGAAGUGGCGUAGUAGGGCGCAUGGUGAUAGUACUAUAUUGAUGUGAGGAUCUUUCCACUCGGUGUGCCCACGGCAUGUAGCGGUAGGAGGGAGUUACUCAUUUAGCAAAACUUGGAGCGCAGGUUUUGUUGUUUCGAGGUUGAUCCAGAGGGAACGGUUAUUAAGGGCUGCCAUUUUAUAUGCCCUCAUUUGCAAUCCAGUGCCUUUGAACUCCGUAGGACUCGCUUCUAGGCAGGGUAGAAGUAGCCGGGCAUGUGAGGGGCGGGCAGGCGAGCAAGCAAGUAGGGAUGGCCGUAGCGCUGGUGCAGGGAGCCAGCCGAGGGCUCGGGCUGCAUUUCUGCAAACACCUCCUGACCAGGCGGAAGGACGCCACGGUGAUCGCCACUUGCAGGAGGCCCGCCGAGGCGACCGCUUUGCACGCCUUGCUGGCCGGGUUCCCCCACAGCCUGGCCGUCUUCCAGCUGGACGCGACCCGGGAGGCGGAGGUCCGGGAGACGGCGGAGGCGGUGGCCAAAGACUAUGGCCGGCUGGACCUGCUCGUCAAUUGUGGGGCGAUCCUGCAUCCCAGCGGCCGAGGGGAGACGAGCCUGCGCGACGUCUCGGCAGAGGGUCUCUCCGUUACACUGGCAACCAACGCCAUAGGCCCUUUAUUGGUGGCCAAACAUUUCUCUCCACUGCUACUGAAUGGAACAGGAGCGUUUGGACGCCAGCACGCUGACCUGGACAGAAAGCAUCAGGCGCUCCUUGUGAAUAUAACAGCCAAAGUAGGGUCCAUAGGAGACAAUGGCUUAGGUGGGUGGUAUAGCUACCGGAUGUCUAAAGCAGCUCUGAACAUGGCCACCAAGAACCUCAGCAUUGAACUCAGAAGAGGGAAGGCUAAAGUAGUAUGUGUUUCCUUGCACCCAGGAACUGUCGACACUGACCUGUCAAAACCUUAUCAGAAGAAUGUGCCCAAGGGCAAACUCUUUCCCCCAGAACACUCUGUUAACUGUCUCAUGCAUAUUAUAGAUAAACUUGACAUGGGGCAAACGGGGAAGUUUUUUGCUUGGGAUGGAUCAGAACUACCAUGGUAGUUAACAGAGCAGUCCUAACUAUUGCCUUGAAAGAAAUAAGGAGUCCUGAAGUUCAGUGGGGUUCACUCACAGGUAAGUAGUCCUUGAGAGGUCUGUUUAGGGACAGCUUAGGAGCUAGAAGUCUUAGAAUUGCUUAAAUGGAGAUGGCCAACCUCAAUGGGACCAGUGCUCAAAUUUCUGCUCCUGGAAUUCUUUACGGUUUAUACAGACUUCCAAAAUUCCAAAAACAAAAUUGGAAGUGGCUGUAAGCCUACUUUUAGCUUUGGAGGAAAAUUGGUAUGUGUGCAUGUUAAACUACGCAGGGAACUCUGCAAACCAUUGAAAAGUUGGACAGCUAUGUCCAGAGACUUCUAGAAGUAACAGUUCACUCUAAUGUGCUGGAAGAAGGGGGACCAGGAAAAGAUUGGUAACCA